CUUCAAACGCGUGCUGCUCCCUCCAGCGGCAAAGAGACGCAAUGACAUCUAUGUAUACAAGGUUAAUGAUUUAACCUGUUGCUCGGGAGUAUUUGAAGCGUGUGCAGAAGGUAUGCCAGCAGGUCUUCUGUCCGAGCAUGGGUGAAUGUAGACAGCGCAAUGACUCGCUGAGUAAAAAUGACAGGGACGAGAUCAGUGUGCUCUGUCAUAAAGUUAACGGUGUUGACGCCGUGGAAGACAUUGAGUUACAUAGCGAUCCAGAAGCGGCGAGGACCGGUGAGGUAACGGAUGCUGACACCGGCGGGAUCGGUGGCUGGUUCCACCGGUUCCGCGCGCUGCUGAGCUGCAGGAAGAGAAGCGAUGAUAAUGAUGACGAUGACGGUGAACAGGACAAGGUUCAGAAAGAGAAGGCGGCGUGUCCCGGCCUCGGCCUCCUGUACAGUUUGUUGGCAGCCGUCUUUUUCUCCGUUGCCGCUCUCCUCGUGAAGAAGAUCGAUGACAUGCAUGCUAUCCAGAUCAGCGCCAUUCGAUGCUUCUUCCAGAUGCUCUUUGUCAUGCCAGCUAUGAUUUAUUACAAAAUUGGCUUUAUCGGUCCAAGAGACAUGCGAAUCUACCUGUUCCUCAGAGGCUUCCUCGGAGCCAACGCCAUGAUCUUGUUGUAUUACGCAAUUCUGCAGAUGCCGCUAGCCGACGCCACGGUUAUAAUGUUCAGCAAUCCCGUCUUCACGGCCUUGCUGGCCUGGAUAUUCCUCAAAGAAAGGUGCACGAUAUGGGACGUCGUGUUUACCGUGUUUACUCUCACCGGCGUCAUACUGAUAGCCAGACCUCCCUUCCUCUUCGGGGAAAGGGUGUCCGGGAUCGAAGGAGAAUACACCAAUCACAUCAAAGGCACGGUCGCUGCGCUCGCGGGGGCCGUCGGCGCCGCCUGCACCAUGGUGAUUCUGAGAAAAAUGGGGAAAAGUGUUCAUUACUAUCUCUCCGUGUGGUACUACGCUGUCGUGGGACUCAUCGAGUGCUUAGUCGUUUUGUUCAUCUUGGACGACUGGACGAUGCCGGAGUGCGGCUGGGACAGGUGGACCCUCAUGGCCAUCGGUUUGCUCGGCAUUGCCGGCCAGACGUUCCUCACCAAAGCCCUCCAGAUUGAGAAAGCGGGCCCGGUGGCGCUGAUGAGGACGAUGGAUGUGGUGCUGGCCUUCAUCCUCCAGUUCCUGUUCCUCAAUCGCAAACCCACCUGGUGGAGUCUGGGCGGGGCCUUGUGCGUGACCGUUAGCACUAGUGGUGUGGCCGUGAGGAAGUGGUUCAGCACCAGACGACAGAGCUGAUGGUCACAGAUGUUUGUUACUGAUACCUGCUGCGUUCUAUCCCAAAGAAGCUCUUCAGGCUUUCAUCAUUUACUGCAUAUAUAUAUGUUUUUGUAGUUACUUAAAGUACAUAUUCUUUCUUUAAAUGAGGGCUGUUAUUCAAAGCCUUACAAAUCUAUUUUUAAGUGAUGAGUCUUUUAAUACUAUAAGAUUUUUUAAGUACAGAGUAUAUUAUAAAGAAAACUGCUGGCCAGGAGUUUGAAGAGUGUGUAACAUAAUUACUUUAUACAAACAUCUUUGCACUUGUGUACUGUAACUCAUGUCCUUUUAGAUAUACGUACCUAUUUAUGGGUAGUUGACAGACUAAUAUGCAAAUUUGUACUAUAGUGUGACGAUUUUAUUUUUUAAAACAAAAGGAAGAUAAAUCUCUCUUAUACUAUUUUAUAUGAUACAUAUAAAUAAUAAAUGUCACACCAUAGGACACAUAUGGUCACACGUAUGAUUUACUCAUACAAAUACCUUUAAAAGCAAUAUAUACCUUGUAGAAAGGUUAAAUAAAUGGAAUAAAGGAGGCGGUAACGGCAGACAUUUAAGCAAAGUUUUAACCAAAAUAACAACAAACUACAAAGACAUCCGGCAGACCCUCACAGUCGACUUCCGGCGAAUAAAACAAUCUAUAACAAAAACACAAGUAAAAUGUCAAAAGAACAUACAUACAAACGUAAAACAUUUUAGGGCCCUGUCCUCUCUCUUCAACGGUCCGGUCGCUCGUUCUCUUAUAUGCUCCCGAUCUCCUCUGUGAUACGAGACCGGUGCGCGCACAGCUGGCGCUCAUUAACACUCACUCACCGGCCUCGAAUCACGGUCUCGCCCCGCCUACUCCACUACAUACCUGCUCAAAUCAAAGUUACAAGUUGGAAUAUAUUCAUCUUGAGACAUGAUAUGCAUCAAUCAGUUCAUCUAUGAACUUUGCCCUCGUAUACCUUAGCCGGAUUGACUCGCUCUAAUUUAUUUAUUUAUUUAUGAGACAUGAAUGUCCGACCAUAGUGAGAUUUAUGACAAGGCCACAUGACUGUUCUUGUGCAGUUUAGUAACUGACUGGUUAUUGAACUGAAUCUCAUUGAUUUUCCUUUGAAUUUAUUGAAUUUGUUAUAUUUGCACUUGUUUGUGUAAACUUAACUCGGAUCACUGCACAUCGUGUCAUUGUAGGCCUGUACUUCACUCAGGCAGAAUGCUGUACUGAUACUGUAGCAGUAAUGAAAGUGCGGCCUUAAUCCAUUCAUCUGAUCACAGAUCUGUGUAACAUGAUUAUUUAUUGUGAUAAUUGUCACACAGUUUGAAUAAUGCCUGUUAUACAUUUCACCUAUGAAACUUUAAUUUGAACCUUAGUUGAAAUAAACAAAAGAGAUACAAACUUCACAUUUCA